UAGACAGACAGACAGACAGUGUCCUCCGCCAGUUAAUGCGAAGAACAUUCCAUUGUUCCAUCGCUAGCUAGCUGUGGUGUGAGUGAUCCAGACUGACUGGUCGGAACUAGCUUGGAGGGCGGCGAUCGAGGACUCUCUCCGGCCGCCGUGCUCCGACGUGUGUAGAUAGCGGGAUGGGGCGCGCGCCGUGCUGCGACAAGGCGAGAGUGAAGCGGGGGCCGUGGUCGCCGGAGGAGGACGAGCAGCUGCGGGCCUACGUCCGGGCUAAUGGCUUCGGCGGCAACUGGAUCGCCCUGCCGCACAAAGCAGGGCUGAACCGGUGCGGCAAGAGCUGCCGCCUGCGGUGGCUCAACUACCUGAGGCCGGACAUCCGGCACGGCGGCUACACGGAGCAGGAGGACCGCGUCAUCUGCUCCCUCUACGCCUCCAUCGGCAGCCGCUGGUCCAUCAUCGCCUCCAAGCUCCCCGGCCGCACCGACAACGACGUCAAGAACUACUGGAACACCAAGCUCAAGAAGAAGGCCAUGCCCAUGCGUGGCCCUCACUACCACCACCACGCCGGCCUCGGACUCGAAGCCGGAGCCGGAGCCUUCUCCGCGCCCGCCACGCCCUCAGGUCCUACUCCUGCCCGGUCCUGGAGCCAAUGCGUGCCGUCCUCCCUGCAGGCCGCGGCGCUCUCGCCGGCGGCGUCCGGCUCCUCCUCCGUCGACACCAGCUCAUCAGGCGGCGACAUGUGCUUCGCCGCCGCCGGCAUGUACCAGCCGCAGCACCCCAUGCAGGGGUUCGUGCACGUAGACUCGUCGCCCCAGACCGUGCUCGCGCCCAUGCCGCUGGACGUCCCCGCCGCCACUGGCAUCUGGGCGUCGUCCAUGCCUGCAGCGGGCGACGUCGGUGGCGUGGCACUGGAGGACGCGUUCCUCGCCGACCUCGGCGCCUACGGCGAUCUGCUGCUCGGCGGCUUCGGCGGACAGCUGCUGCAGGACAACAAGGCCGCCGCCGCCAUGGAGCUCCCCGGGGCGUGCUACUUCCCCAACAUGGCGGAGAUGUGGGCCGCCGACCACGCCCACGCCAACGCCAAGCCGCCGCAGGGCCUCUGCAACACGUUCACAUAGGAUUCACGACAUGAUUUGCUCCAUUGGAUUCGUCACUACACACGUAAUUGAGAUCUUCCUCCCUGAGUUGUGAUCAACCACAUGUGAAUUAUGCUAUAGAAUAGUAGAUAGAAAGAUGUACUCAAUUUAGGUCUGGAUUACAUACAUGUGCUUGGAAUACUCAA